AAUUAGGUGUUUUGGGCUUUCAAAUUAUUUUGUGGUAUUUUGAGCGUACGUUCUUGAGUAUAAGCGAAGCGUCAGUUUAUGUUAAUUAAACAAGAUGAUUUACAAAUGUGCGUUGGUUUUGUCUAUUUGUUUACUUCAAGUGGUUCGUUCAGACUCACUGCUGAGUUGUCAGGUUGUAACAGAAGGAUUGGAAAGUGAAACACAAAACCAAUGCAACUGUACAUUUGUUCGAAGCUUAAUUCAACAAGCCAUUAAUAAUGCAAAGAAAUGCAGUGGUGUGGUUUACGGGGGAAGAUGUAUUCGUUUCAUUUACACAAGUGGUUACGGCAUGUCGAAGCCUGAUGCUAGGAACAUGUGUGUUUACCAUGGUGGAACACUGGUGGAUAUUUUGAACCAAGAAAUGUUCAACUUAAUCUACAACUACGCUAAGGAGGCGUGGGAUGCUUAUAUUGAUCGGAACGUGAAUUACGUUGAAAUCUGGUUGGCUUCUGUAUAUGAGGAUGGUUCAAUUCGUUCCUCUACAACCGGGGAGCCCAUCUACACCACAUGGCACCCUGGGUUUCCAACACACAUAACAGGGUUUCACUCCGUUGGUCUCGUAGUAGCUACCAAAGCUUCUCGUGGUAGUUUGCAUGGAAUGUUCAACCAUGCUCCCAAUCAUCCAUAUUUGGUCCCACUGUGCUCGUUUACAAUUUAAAUGUAUAUGUUACCGAGAAGGGGGAAGUUUACAUGCAGUUGAUGUGAUGUAUUGUACAUAAUACUUAUAGGCUACACUUGGAAUUAGUAAAAUCAUAAUUAUUGGCCUUAAGCAAUGUCCACAGCAAUGUUCAUUUACUGUCUUGUACAACACACAUGCUUAGAAGGUAAUAACAGUAUUAAGUUAAAAUAAAAAUUAAAACCCUGUAUCAUUUGGUUA